GAGGCAUCGUUGAUAAGGACCUUCGUCACUACCUCAAUUUACGGUUCCAGAAAGGUUCGGUAGACCAUGAGCUCCAGCAGAUCAUAAGAGACAAUCUCUACCUCCGCACAGUGCCAUGCACCACAAGGCCACAUAAGGAGGGGGAAGUCCCUGGUGUGGACUAUAUUUUCAUCACUGUUGAAGAUUUUAUGGAAUUGGAGAAAAGUGGUGCUCUCUUGGAAAGUGGAACAUAUGAAGACAACUAUUACGGCACUCCGAAGCCUCCAGCAGAACCAGCUCCAUUGCUGUUAAAUGUAACAGAUCAGAUCCUCCCAGGUGCCACUCCCGGGGCUGAAGGCAAACGCAAAAGGAAUAAGUCUGUGAGCAAUAUGGAGAAGACGGGUAUUGAACCACCGGAGGAAGAAGAGGAAGAAAGACCUGUGGUCAAUGGAAAUGAUGUGACAGUAACACCAGAAUCAAGUGAACAUGAAGAAAAAAGUACAGGUGCCUCAGGUGAGGUAUCUUCCACCCAGCCUUGUCCUGCACCAGGAUAUACUCAGCCUGAAGAAGCAAAGGAGGAUAUGGAUGUAACAAAGCAGACUAAACCUGAAGAGAAUGAUGACUUGGGCCCACUGCCUGAUAACUGGGAAAUGGCUUAUACAGAAAAGGGGGAAGUCUACUUUAUUGACCAUAACACAAAGACAACAUCAUGGCUGGAUCCACGACUUGCGAAAAAGGCUAAACCUCCAGAAGAGUGCAAAGAAAAUGAGCUUCCAUAUGGCUGGGAGAAAAUUGAUGAUCCCAUUUAUGGCACUUAUUAUGUUGACCACAUAAAUAGAAGAACACAAUUUGAAAACCCUGUCCUAGAAGCAAAAAGGAAGCUACAGCAGCAUAACAUGCCCAACGCAGAACUUGGAACAAAGCCUAUGCAGGCCCAAGGUUUCCGAGUAGAAAGCUCCUCAUCAACCUUACCUAGACCCAAAUUCGCCCACCCGCGCCCCGCUCCCAGGAGGUCCCGCAGCGUGAAUGACCUGUCCCAGUGCUGGCGCGACCCCGCCGGGACGCGCAGGCUGCACGAAAAACCACUCUUCACCCGUGAUGCAUCACAGCUGAAGGGGACUUUCCUCAGCACAACUCUUAAGAAAAGCAACAUGGGGUUUGGAUUUACCAUCAUUGGUGGGGAUGAGCCGGAUGAGUUUCUCCAGGUGAAGAGUGUAAUUCCUGAUGGGCCUGCAGCACAAGAUGGGAAAAUGGAAACAGGUGAUGUCAUUGUCUAUAUUAAUGAAGUUUGUGUCCUUGGACAUACUCACGCAGAUGUAGUCAAACUCUUCCAGUCUGUUCCUAUUGGUCAGAGUGUCAACUUGGUGCUAUGUCGUGGAUACCCUUUGCCCUUUGAUCCUGAAGAUCCUGCCAACAGCAUGGUGCCACCCCUUGCAGUAAUGGAGAGGCCUCCGGUAGUGGUAAAUGGAAGACAUAACUAUGAAACUUAUUUGGAAUACAUUUCUAGGACUUCUCAGUCUGUUCCAGAUGUAACAGAUCGACCACCACACUCCUUGCACUCCAUUCCAGCAGAUAGUCAGCUUGAUAGCACAUUCCCACCACCUGCCCAUGAUGAUAAUGUAUCAAUGGCUUCUUCUGGGGCCACCCAAGCUGAACUCAUGACCUUAACCAUUGUGAAAGGGGCCCAGGGCUUUGGCUUCACUAUAGCAGACAGUCCUACAGGACAGAGGGUGAAGCAAAUUCUAGACAUUCAGGGAUGUCCUGGUUUGUGUGAAGGUGACCUCAUUGUUGAGAUCAACCAGCAGAAUGUACAGAACCUGAGCCAUGCAGAAGUAGUGGAUAUACUUAAAGAAUGUCCUGUUGGAAGUGAAACUUCUUUGAUUAUCCAUAGAGGAGGUUUCUUUUCUCCAUGGAAAACUCCAAAGCCUAUGAUGGAACGAUGGGAGAAUCAAGGCAGCCCUCAAACGAGCCUGUCUGCUCCAGCUAUGCCACAGAAUAUUCCCUAUCCACCUGCUCUUCACAGGAGUUCAUUUCCCGAUUCAACAGAGGCCUUUGAUCCACGAAAACCUGACCCAUACGAGCUGUAUGAGAAAUCAAGAGCUAUUUAUGAAAGUAGGCAACAAGUGCUGCCCAGGACUGGUUUUCGAGUGGAUUCCUCUGGUCCCGAUUACAAGGAGCUGGAUGUUCACCUUCGGAGAAUGGAGUCUGGGUUUGGCUUCAGGAUCCUGGGAGGAGAUGAGCCUGGACAGCCUAUUCUCAUCGGAGCAGUAAUUGCCAUGGGCUCAGCAGACCGAGAUGGUCGUCUCCAUCCUGGUGAUGAGCUCGUGUAUGUGGAUGGGAUUCCAGUGGCCGGCAAAACCCACCGAUAUGUGAUUGAUCUCAUGCAUAACGCUGCCCGAAAUGGGCAAGUGAAUCUUACUGUGAGGAGAAAGGUGCUACCCACGGAGUCCUCCAGCCAGAAAGGUCCCCCUCCGCCCGGCGCGACGCCCCCUCGCAGCUCCCCCAGCGCUAGGAAAAUGGCCAAUAACCAAGGAGACCCAUGCCCAGAGAAUGGCAGAAGCCCAGGCUCAGUCUCUACGCACCACAGUUCUCCAAGAAGUGACUAUGCUACUUACGCUAACAGCAAUCACGCUGUCUCUAGUAGCAAUGCUACACCCCCCGAGGGCUUCGCUUCUCACAGCCUGCAAACCAGCGACGUUGUGAUCCACCGCAAGGAGAAUGAAGGCUUUGGCUUUGUUAUCAUCAGUUCCUUGAACAGGCCCGAAUCUGGGGCCACAAUAACUGUACCCCAUAAAAUAGGGCGGAUAAUUGAUGGAAGCCCUGCGGAUCGCUGUGCAAAACUUAAAGUUGGAGACCGGAUCUUAGCUGUGAAUGGCCAGUCUAUUAUUAACAUGCCUCAUGCAGAUAUUGUGAAGCUAAUUAAAGAUGCAGGUCUCAGUGUAACUCUUCGCAUCAUUCCUCAGGAGGCUUCCCAUUACGCAGAGCUGAACAGCCCGGCCUCGGCCCCCAGCUCAGAGAAGCAGAGCCCCCUGGCCCAGCAGCACAGCCCCAUGGCCCAGCAGAGUCCCCUGGCACAGCAGAGCCCCGUCGCCCAGCACAGCCCCGUCACCCAGCCACCGCCUCCGCAGCCCCUGCAGCUGCAGGGACACGAAAACAGUUAUAGGUCAGAAGUAAAAGCCAGACAGGAUGUGAAACCUGAUAUCCGGCAACCUCCAUUUACAGACUACAGGCAGUCCUCAACGGACUACCGACAGCCUCCGCUGGACUACAGGCAUCCGCCGGUGAUGGAUUACCAGCAGCCACCACCUCUCGACUACAGGCAGCCGCCCUUGAUAGAUUACAGGCAGCACUCACCCGACACCAGGCAGUACCCUCUGUCAGAGUACAGGCAGCCCCAGGACUUCGAUUAUUUCACCGUUGAUUUGGAGAAAGGAGCCAAAGGGUUUGGGUUUAGUAUUCGAGGAGGAAGGGAGUACAAAAUGGAUUUGUAUGUGUUGAGGUUAGCAGAAGAUGGACCAGCAAUAAGAAAUGGAAGGAUGAGGGUAGGAGAUCAAAUAAUUGAAAUCAAUGGAGAAAGCACAAGGGACAUGACACAUGCCAGAGCAAUAGAGCUAAUCAAGUCUGGUGGCAGGAGAGUGCGACUGUUGUUGAAACGCGGAACAGGCCAGGUCCCAGAAUAUGACGAACCAAACUCCUGGAGUGCUCCCUCUGCCACCUCCCCAGCUCUGCCUGACAUAGCCCCACCCUCUGACCCUUCUCACCAGAUAAGCCCAGAGCCAACAUGGGAUAUCAAGAGGGAACACGAUGUAAGGAAACCAAAGGAGCUUUCGGUGAACGGUCACAAAAAGAAAAGGUUAGGAGAACAAAGAGAAAGGUCAGCAAGUCCUAAAAAGGUAGACAGGUCAAAGCAUGAAGAGGCUUCUUGGAAAGGAUAUCCAGAAAGCAAAAAUAAGACCACUGAUGGUGGCAGGCCCACCUCAGAAAGCAAAGUGGUGGGACACAGCAUAAUGAUCGAGGCUGGCGCGAGAGAGCACGUGUGUGCUGGAACCAGUGAUGAACAGUUUGGGAGGCUGAGGAAGCCGGAGAGCAAGAGAGGAGGAUCUCUUAGCAAAAAAGAAGAUCACAAAUCCACAAACACCAGUGAGAAGAAGUCAGCUGCAGCAUCUGACCAUGUCAAGCUCGAUACAGGUGCUACCAAGGCAUACAGUAGGAACCGCUGCAGCUCGCCUGGAAUUGAUAUGGACCACAGCCAGAGGGACCCUGAUGGGAAACCCAGCGAGUUCCCCAGGAAGGGACAUCUCCACUCCAUUAGCACUCGCAGCACCAACACCACAGUUCGAAAGGCAACGGUCUCCCCAGGGCCAUGGAAAAUCCCUGGCUCAGAUAAGCUACCUAGCGUCCUGAAGUCUGGUACUUCUGCCAUGAGCAGAUAA